AAAUAGAUUGAAAUGGAUCCGGAUUUCAGUAUGGAUUACAGUAUGGAUUUGAAUGAUUAUGACUACAGCAAUUACUCUACUGACAAUUCAACAGCUGAAGAAGAAUUUUCCAAAACAACCCAAUCAACAUGUUUCACAGACUCCACCUGCAUCACCCUUGUGGUGAUCAACACUGUCAUUUUCCUUUUGGGUGUCCUUGGAAAUGGAAUAGUGAUUUGGAUCGCUGGUUUCAAGAUGAAGAAGACAGUCAACACCACCUGGUACCUCAGCCUGGCUGUGUCUGAUUUCCUAGUCUGUGCGAUUCACCCGUUUAACAUAGCCUUUGUGGCCAUGGAGAACUGGGUCUUUGGCCCCUUCCUGUGCAAGUUCACCUCCUUCAUGAUGUUCGUGAAUAUGUUCAGCAGCAUCUUCCUGUUGGUCUUCAUCAGUGUGCACAGGUGCAUUGCUGUGGUGUUACCUGUGUGGGCUCAGAACCACCGGACCACCAGAACCGCGUCCGUCGUGGUCACUGUCGCGUGGAUCUUCUCUGUGGUUCUAAGCAUCCCCUCCAUCGUAUUCAGAGACGUGCAAACUCAUAUGGGCAGAACCCACUGCUUCAACAGCUACAUAACAGACCCGCAUAGCCACAUCACCAUCGCCAUCAGUCGCUUUGUCUUCGGCUUCGUUGUCCCUUUCAUCAUUAUCAUCGUGUGCUACUCUGUGAUCGCCCUCAGACUGAUGAGCAGUCAGAUCAAGAGGUCCUCCAAGCCUCUGAAGAUCAUGACGGCCCUCAUCGCCACCUUCUUCAUCUGCUGGCUGCCCUACCACGUCUUCAUCCUCCUGGAGCUGAACCAUGGCUUCUACGACAAGAAGUCCAUGAUGCACGGACUGCAGUUCGGCACACUGCUCGCGCUCGCCAACAGCUGCCUCAACCCCGUGCUGUACGCGUUCAUGGGCAACGACUUCAGGAAGAAGUUCAGAAGCUCGCUGCUGUCCAAAAUUGAGAAUGCGAUGGGAGAGGAUGUUUGCACCACCAGUCGCUACUUGUCUCGCAACAGCUCAAUGGACGGGAGGGCUUCCACUCAUAUCUAAACAUCCACAGGUUCCAUUCUCUCUCUUCAGCUCUUACAGGGCUACAUGGUGUCAUGAUAGCCAUUUCAAGAACCUUUUAGGUCACCUUCUCAGGAACAGAUGAGAAUCUGGCCUAGAUUGUCCGUGGAUGGAUAUCUAAAUGUCAACACGUUUCCUAUUCCCUAUACCCUCU